AUGGACAAAGAUUGCGACAUGGUUUAUAAAAAUAUUUCUGACCUUUACAAAUCCGAAGAAUUUAAGACAUACGAUAACUUUGUUUCAUUAGUUGCAAAAUGUGUAUGGCAGAUAAGAGAUAAAGAUAGAAGAGGUAAAGUAUGGAAUGAACAAAUAAGACCCGCUAUGUUUGAGAUGAAGAGAGCAAUUGACGCUUUAGUUAUUUUAGCUGGUAAUGUUUCAAUGUAUAACGCAAAAACGAUGCCGCAAUGUUCAAAAUGUAAAGCAGCAAUAAGAAAAUAUAACUACUCAGUCAAAGAGAUAGAAAGAAUGCGAAACGACUAUGCAGACUUAAAGAAAGAAGCAGAAAAGCCAGCAGAAGAUAAAAUGGAUAUGUUGACAUUUCUUAAUAAAAACUAUCCAACAGCAGAAGAUUUCCUUUUAUCUGACGUCAAGAAGAAGUAUAAAGAAACCUUCGGCAUUGUUAAAACAUUCGUGUACUAA